UUGCUCUAGCAGAAAAUAGCACAACACGUACGGCUACGCACGGUGGUAGCACACGAGGACGCCGCUGUUGUGAAGCGCGCGAUGAAGAUAAUCAAGGAAAACUCCGCCUUCCUCAGUAACUUCGAGGUGCUCAAACUGCUCAAAGACUUGCAAAGCGACAAGAAGGCUUCGGUGAGCGGCGGAGGCAAGGCGGCCGCUCGGACGGUGCCCAACCUGGCCACAGUGUCGUACGAGACGAUCACCUACCUCGAAGAAACCGCGUGCGUUCGACAGACCGACCAGCACAUCGAAGACUUCCUCCGACAGAUAACCGCGCUGCCUUUCAAGCUGACCAAGAUCGAAAAACUGCAACUCAUCAACCACAGGCCGACCUCGCCAGUAGAAAUUCAGCUACUCAUCGAGGAAAGCGAGGAGCGGCUGUCCGAAGCAGACGUGGCCACCAUUCUGGAGCUCGUAGAACGCACGCUGCCUCCUAUUAAGGACGAGGAGCCCGAGAAAGAAGGCCAGGAAGGCGAAGAAGGCGACGAGGAAUCGAUGCAGUGCGAAUGACGCGCAGGCGUGCGGAUGUGAGUGCGAGAGUGUGUUUGUGAAUGCCGGUGACGCAACCUGCCAGACUGCGAUUUUGAAGGACGCAGUGGAUCGCAGUCAUCGUUUAUAUCUUGUUUGUUUCGUUUGCCCCGAAAAAAUUGGUGGCGUGGAACGUUUUGUACAGUGCGAGCGGUCUGCGUGGAAAGAUCAGAUCCUGUCAUUAAAUAUUCGUCUGUC